AGUUUCUGUUUUCAGGAAGUGAAACUCACACAGUUGCUGUGACUGAGAGCAGAAAUGGAGCAGAAUCAGCUGGACAGAGAAACUUUCUCCUGUUCCAUCUGUCUGGAUCUACUGAAGGAUCCGGUGACUACUUCCUGUGGACACAGCUACUGCAUGAAGUGCAUUAGAACCCAGUGGGAUGCAGAGGAUCAGAAGGGAAUCCACAGCUGCCCUCAGUGCAGGGAGGCGUUCACACCCAGACCUGUGCUGAAGAAGAACAUCAUGCUAGCAGCUUUAGUGGAGCAGCUGAAGAAGACUGGACUCCCAGCUGCUCCUGCUGACCACCGCUAUGCUGGACCUGAAGAUGUGGCCUGCGAUGUCUGUACUGGGAGGAAGCUGAAAGCCUUCAGGUCCUGUAUGGUCUGUUUGGUUUCCUACUGUAGGAAUCACCUCCAACCUCACCUUGAUGUCCCUGGACUAAAGAAACACAAGCUGGUGGAGCCGUCCAAGAACCUCCAGGAGAACAUCUGCUCUCAGCAUGACGAGGUGAUGAAGAUGUUCUGCCGCACUGAUCAGAAGUGUAUUUGUCUUAUCUGUUUAAUGGAGGAACAUAAAGACCACGACAUAGUGUUAGCUGCAGCAGAAAGGACUGAGAGGCAGAGAGAGCUGGAGGAGAGACGAGGAAACAUCCAGCAGAGAAUCCAGGACAAAGAGGAAGAUGUGAAGCUGCUUCAACAGGAGGUGGAGGCCAUCAAUCACUCUGCUGAUAAAACAGUGGAGGACAGUGAGAAGAUCUUCACUGAGCUGAUCCGUCUCCUCCAGAAAAGAAGCUCUGAGGUGAAGCAGCAGAUCAGAUCCCAGCAGGAAACUGAAGUGAGUCGAGUCAAAGAUGUUCAGGAGAAGCUGGAGCAGGAGAUCACUGAGCUGAAGAGGAAAGACGCUGAGCUAGAGCAGCUCUCACACACAGAGGAUCACAACCAGUUUCUCCUCAACUACCCCUCACUGCCAGCACUCAGUGAGUCUAAAGGCUCAUCCAGCAUCAACAUCCGUCCUCUGAGACACUUUGAGGACGUGGCAGCAGCUGUGUCAGAGCUCAGAGACUUAAUGAUGGACGUCCUGAGAGACUCAUGGACAAACAUCUCACUGAUGGUCACUGAAGUGGAUUUUCUACUGUCAGAGCCAGAACCAGAACCAGAACCAAGGAGCAGAGCUGGAUUCUUUAAGUAUUCAUGUGAAAUCACCCUGGAUCCAAACACAGCAAACACAAAGCUGAUUCUAUCAGAGGGGAACAGGAAGGUGGCAGCGAUGCAUCAACAUCAGUCUUAUCCUACUCAUCCAGACAGAUUCACCCGAUGGCCUCAGGUUCUGGGCAGAGAGAGUCUGACUGGACGCUGUUACUGGGAGGUGGAGUGCACUGGGAGAGUUCGCUUAGCAGCUGCAUACAAGAAUAUCAGCAGAGCAGGAGGUGGAAAUGAAUGUGGAUUUGGAGGUGAUGACAAAUCUUGGGCAUUAAUUUGUUCACAAACCAGAUUACAAUUUGGUCAUAACAACAUCUGGACCUUCGUCUCAGGUCCAGUUCCCUCCAGAGUGGGAGUGUUCCUGGACCACGGAGCAGGUCUUCUGUCCUUUUACAGCGUCUCUGAAUCCAUGACUCUGAUCCACAGAGUCCAGACCAGAUUCACUCAGCCGCUGCUGGCUGGGGUUGCAGUUGGUUCUGAAUCAUCUGCAGAGUUCUGUUCUGUAAACCCAACUAGGUCUUCUCUCUGAUUGUUGAUCAGGGUUCAUGGUUCUGGAGUUUCUGCUCUGUUGUUCUGUUCAUCUUUGGUGUUUCUUUCAUUCUUAAAUGUCAGAAAUAUUUUUUCAUGAGAAUCUGAACGUCUCUGGGCUCCAACAGCCUAGUUUUAAUAUUUGUAUUGAUGUAUUAAAUGUUCCGGUUUCUCUUCCUCUGAUCUGCAGAAAAAAUGUUCUUCUUGUUUAAAUCAGUUGAGACUGAAGUGAACUGAACUUCCUUCUGUUUUCUUUAUUGUGAUUAAAAGAAGAAACUAAAACUAACAUCAACCUAGAACUGAUUCUGUUUUCUAUGAUUUAGAUAGGAAAAUAAAUGUCUAGUUUUGUUUCUUUUGGUUUUCUUCAAUAAAACAACUUGUUUACAGAGAAA